UCUCAGUGCUGAGAAACUGAGUGAGACCUUCAUCAUGCACCUGAUACAAGGCAUCAUCCUGCUCCUGCUCAGCAUCAGUCUAGUUCAGAGUUAUUCCAUGAAGGUGUUGGAUAAUGUUCUCUCUGAGAAGAUUGGUAACAGCACUGACCCUGAUUAUUACUCCGUAUCGGCCAUCAUUGAAAGAGCCAACAAGAAUGUUGGAAUGUCAAAGGAUGGUUUCAACAUUACUCAUGGUGACAUCGCGGUGUACACUGGGCUCCAGAAUGCAGAUCCAUGUACUUCUCGUGGGUGCAAGUGGCCCAGGAAACGGAGGAGGGUUUCUGUGCCUUAUGUCAUUUCCAGGCAGUUCUCACGCUCUGAAAAAAGAGUCAUCCUGUGUGGACUGAAAUCCUUCCAAAGGUCGACCUGUGUCCGAUUCGUACGUCGAACCUCUCAAGAAGACUACAUUAAUAUAAUCUCAGACACUGGGUGCUAUUCAUUCAUUGGUCGUCGUGGUGGAAGGCAGGUUGUGUCUCUACAACGUAACGGCUGUGUUUAUCGUCACAUCGUCCAACAUGAGCUUCUCCACGCUCUGGGCUUUCAUCAUGAGCAGAACCGUAGUGACCGUGACAAGCAUGUCAGAAUCCUUCUCCAGAAUGUUCUCCCUGGACAGGAGCACAAUUUUAAUAAAGUCAACACCAACAACUUGAGGACACCAUAUGACUACAAUUCUGUCAUGCAAUAUGACAGGUAUGCUUUCUCGAGGAACAGGCAGCCGACCAUCCUCCCCAUACCAAACAAUAACGUUUCCAUUGGACGUGCCACCAAAAUGAGCCGCAACGACAUCCGACGUGUUAACAGGCUCUACUGCCGUAGAAGGAGGAGCUUUUAACAUCGCCAGAGUGCUUAAAUUCCCUUAAAAAGCUUUUGCAGAAAGUAAGAAAACGCUUUGCGCUUAAUGUAAUCUUAUGGGAUUUUUCCCCUUAAAUUUCUGAUAUUAGACUGUUACACGCGUCGAUGUUCUUUUGCUGGUAUGAGUUUAUUUUCAUCUAAAUGGAAUCUCUUCAAGCAAUGAUUUUGUAUCUCAAACAUCUAUAAAUAAAGGGAAUGUUGCUGA